AUGGGCGAACCCGCUCCCACCUUCGACAUUCCGAAGGAGUGCGUGGCUGCCGUCGUUAAAAAUGAAGGCCCCGACUUCUACGUCGAGGUGGAGAAGGUCCCCGUACCGGAAGUUGGGCCCAACGACGUCUUGAUCAAGCUCAAUGCCACCGGACUGUGCCUUAGCGAUAUCCACUUCAUGCUGAACGACUGGAAUCUGCCCAAGAUGUCCGAGAUGGGGACAAAGUGUGCCGGUCACGAAGGAGCUGGCGUGAUUGUCAAGGUUGGCGAAAACGUCAAGGCAUACAAAGUGGGCCAGCGCGCCGGGUUCAAGCCCAUUCAAGAUGUGUGCCACUCCUGUGAAUACUGCAAGUCUGGCAGGGAGACGUACUGCACAGCGGCCGUCUUCACCGGGGGCAUGUGUGACGGUUCCUACAAGCAAUAUGUCAUCUCGCCCGAGAACUACACUACUAUUAUCCCGGAUGGCGUAUCGGACUAUGUUGCAGGCCCCGUCAUGUGCUCGGCAUCCACCAUCUACUCGUCUCUGAAAGAAUCAGACCUGAGGCCCGGUCAGUGGGCAGUCUUCCCCGGUGGUGGCGGCGGCGUUGGUAUCCAAGGCGUGCAGUUGGCCUACGCAAUGGGUAUCCGACCAAUCGUUGUUGACACUGGAGAUGAGAGACGGAAACUUUCGUUGAGCUUGGGUGCUGAACAUUUCGUCGACUUCAAGGAGGAAGACCCAGUCAAGAAAGUCCUUGAGAUCACAGGAGGUGGUGCUCACGGCGUAAUUGUGACAGCCGUACAAUCCUACCCCAUCUCCGUCGACUAUCUCGGAAACCGUGGAGGUGGACAGGUCAUGUGCAUUGGAAUCCCGCCACAUGGCAAGUAUCACAUCGAUGUUGACCCUUCGAAGCUGGUUUUCAGGAACCAGUCAAUCAAGGGAACGCUGGUCAGCAGUCUGGCUGAUAUCGAUGAGACUCUGGACUUCGCAAAACGAGGUAAACUACGUCUGGAGCCCACCGUGGUAGGGUUAAGCAAGUUCAAUGAAUCCGUCCAGAAGCUCAAGAAUGGGCAAGUAGCGGGACGCAUCGUGGUGGACUUUAACUUGCCGUGA